UCACCACUGCUCUGCAUCACACGCGGCCCUCACAGCCGCCAACCCCUGGGCCUGCACACCAUGACACAACACAUCAUGCCACCACAGACCAUAAACGAAGGAAGGCGUGUCGGCGCGACGCACACACCUGCGCCUUCAGCUGUUCUACUCUCUGGAGCUGCAUCCAGAGCGACUCCGCCACCUCAUCUAAGAUACCCGUCACGUCAUACUCCUACACAAACCAACCGACACAGCCCACACAAGUGCAUUUGAUGGACACCCGCCCGUCCAGAUAGACGUGUUGGCCGUGUGCCUGCCUGCCUGGUGAUCUAGCUGGCCAUCCCCCGCUGCAGCAGGCUCCUCCGCCAACGCCAUAUCCUCAUGGUCGUCAUCAUCUGCGCCGCCACACACCUCAUCGUCAUGCUCAUCGCGGUCCAUCCUCGUCAGUGUCCCGCUUAUUGACGCCUUGGCGCCCGACUUCUGACGCAAUGGACGCCCGGCGCCGUCACAUCGUCACGCAGCCGUGACCGUCAUCUGCUACUCAUCUGGCGGGAUAUGCUGGGAGCGGCCUGCGUUCCACAUGUAAGCUCGCU